ACAUUGUUUUCAUGACAACAUGUUUCGUCUAUAAAGAAGAAGAUCAGUAUGGACAGCAAUGUAAAACACUUAAACGCGCUUCUUUCAUUCGAAAACGCGUUUAAAAGAGAACGAAUAGAAAAAAGACGAGAGCAGGUUCGCGUCUUUCACCGCGAGUCAGACCGGAAGUGAAAAACUUACCUGUUGGACGGACUGAAGAUGGUUCAAGGUGAAAAAGAAACGAAGAUGUACAAAUAACUACUCUCCCAACCUGGAACCUUCUUGUGGACUCUAUUAGGAGACUUUGUAAAUGACUGUGGACGCACUCGUUCUCCCGUGGUUUCGAUGUGAACGCGCAGUUCUAACUAACGACCUCACAAUGAUGGGCCCUUCCGGGAACGCCUCCGUGACUAACCUGGGAACGGCCAAAUUCGUUGUUCCCCCCCGCAGUUCACUGACGAAAUGCCAUAAAAAGAAACAGGGCUAUCAAGGGGACCAGUUUUGAAGACGUGGACAUCGGAUCUGCAGAGGAUCCCGGGGGAAUGCUUCAACCAAGAGUUCGUGGAGCCUGGCGGCGGCGCUAAUGAAGCUGGAUCCUGAAGACGGCGAGAAGAUAAUGGAAUAUUUUCAAACUCACGCUCUGCUCACCAGAGAGAAAGCUCUGCUACAGGCGUCCGUGCGCGAGCAGAAGAAGCUGCUGGUGGAAAACGGCAAACUGAAGAAAGACAUCGAGCAGCUGAGAUUUCAACUUCAGGACAAACAAAGAAGACGCGUCGCUAAGGCCCUCCUCUCACCAAACCACGCCCCUGGCACGCCUGUCAAUCAACUCCCUCCAACCACUGGUUCCGAGGCUGCGUCCUUGCCCCCCUCAGGCGUCCUGGAUCAAUGGAGCAAGGCGACUUGCAGGCAGAAAGGAGCCAAGAGAGCUCCCACUACUGCGCCCCCAUUGGGCGGGGAGCUUCCAGUGGACGUGUCCCGCCUUGACCUGCGAGUCGGGCGGAUCUUAAGCGUUGGCCCACACCCCCUGGCAGAAAACCUGACCGUCCAAGAAGUGGACGUGGGAGAGAAGGCCCCCCGCACCAUUGUCAGCAAACUACCAAGAAAGGAACUUGAUGGUGCUUUCGUUGUGUUGCUGUGCAACAUCAAGUCCUGCAAACUGAAGGGAGUGGCUUCGCAGGCCCGCCUCUUGUGGUGCUUUCAAUCCGACCACGCUGUUGAGCUAUUGGCCCCGCCCACAGGCUCCAACCCUGGAGACAGAGUCACCUGCCUGGACUUCCCCGGUGAGCCUGACCGAGAGCUGCAGUCCAAACAGCGAGUGUGGGAGCGUGUUCAGCCCAGCCUGCAGGUGAAUGCAAGGGGCGUGGCCAACUACAAGGGGUGUGGCUUACAGGUGAAGGGGAAGGGGCUGUGUCGGGCGCAGUCCUUCACCAACUGCAACAUCAAAUAG